GCUCUGUUUGGAAGCGUGAAUCCGUGUUUAAACCCUCAGGUUUAUCUGCUUGUCUUGAGUCGUGUAGCUGACGACAUGCGCUGAAGGAUCGAGAGUCCGGUGAGUGAUAUAACCGAUAACCGGUUUUGCAACACGUGCAUCUAAUAAUCACAAAAAUAAAAAUAAAUACGCUAAGCUGUAUCGGGCUGUUUCUACUGGAGUACAGAUUCCAGAAUAGCCAAAAAAUGAUCAUGGAUGUAGCCUUUGAAUUGUCAUAUGUGGUGCCUGCAAUUUUAUUCACUCUCUUAGCUAUUGUUUUUGCAAGUACAAUCUUCAGUAAAAAGCCUAUUUCUGCCUCACCGUCCAAAACGGAGUGUGAGGUGGCUAAAACAGGACUAACGGAGAGUACAGAUGAGAGGAACGAUUUAGCUACAGAGCUAAUUCAUAAAGCGGAUAAAGUGAAGGCCGACGAAGUGGUCCCAUCCGAGAGAAUAAAGGAACAGACUGAAUCGGCGUUGGUAACCCCAGCAGAGAAUGUUGGGGUCCUAGAGGAGCAUCCUGGGACAGAAUUUGGGAACAAGAGCAUUCAAGCGCGCCCAGAGACGAAGAAAUCAGACAUUAAGGAUCCCGUGGCAGAGCCGGUGCCCCAGAAAGAGACGGCCGAUGACGCAGUGCCUGAAGCCGUCCCUGUGGAGGAAUCCACUGCCCAGCUCCUCCCUGAACCUGCAUCAGACGGGGAGACCGCCUCGCAGGUCCCCCCAAUGAGGGGGCCCCCGCAUGACUCUGAAGCUGUGCCUAGAAAGGAGGAGACCCCCGAUGAUGAGGCAGAAUCAAGCCCAGUGUUUGAGGGGCACAGCGUUAUCGGCGCAGCCGGUGAGGAGGAAGGGUACGAGCCCUUGAAGUACGCCCCGGGGAAGCUGAGGACAAGCCAGCUGGAGCAGAUGAUGACCAGGGAGGAGCUGGAGGAGGAGCAGAGGUCUGUGUGUGUGGACGGUGUCCUGCCAUCGCUCUAUGCUCAGACUCUCCCCUCCCCUGCUCUCCUCCUGUGUGCUGAUGUAGCAUCUCUUUCUGACAGCAUCCAUACCCCAUACCCGCUGUCCGCAAUUGGUUCCAGCUGGCCCCCCACCACCCCAACUCCUGCUUUGAGACCAAGCUUCAAACUGCCCCCUGAGUUGCCUGUGGUCCAGAGAGAGCAGCUAGCUGCCAUCUUUCAGCUGCUGAAGGACAAUAAGGACACCUUUGGUGAAGUGACAGAGGGCGAUGUGGAAGAACAGCUGAAACUCUACUCCAUCUAGAUGAAGCCCUUGGCGUCCAUCACACCACGUUUUCACCCGUGCACUAUGGAAUAGAACACCUCAAGCCAGGAUUUGACCCCUUCUAAUAUUUCAUUUAGUGAAUUUUGCAGGUGAAAAUCUCAGUUAGAGGAUCUGUAUAACUUUUCUUUUGUAAUUAAUUUUUAGCAAUGUUUUUAUAAGGAUUAUGGAAAAAUCUAGAAUGGAUCAGAUUUCACUUGGUUGCUUCAUUUCCAUUCCUAACACAGGUGUUAAAUCGAUAGCAAAGAGCUCUAGAAUACAGGCACAAAGUGUUGGAGAGUUUCUGCUUUACCUAUUCAUUUGUCUGUAGCACAUGCAACAGCUUUCAUUUAUUUAUAAUUCAUGCUGGGAAUUGUAAUUAAAAGUUCUGACAUCCUUGGUUUGUUACCAUCACUCCUGUAUUUUCCAUGUCACAGUUGUUCUCAUUAUUCAUUCGUCACAGUUAAAGCAACACAGUAAAAAUCUCUUCUGGAAAAAUGUUUUCUUUUUUCCUGAAUGUAUGUAUAAAAUGCGUAACAUUCUUAUGUCAUUUAAAUAAACCACUAAUGUGAUCACC